GUAUAUGUGUGUGUGUGUGUGUUUGUAUUUGUGUGUAUAUGUGUGUGCGUGUAUGUGUCAAUGUAUAUGUGUGUGUGUGUGUACGUGUGUGUAUAUGUGUGUUUGUAUAUGUGUGUGUGUGUAUGUAUGUAUGUGUGUGUGUAUGUGUGUGUGUGUUUGUGUAGGCCUUUCCGUCCGUCUCUCUCCUCCUUCUCGAGGGUCAGCUCUUCUCUGCGGCCAGUCCAGGAGCUUUCUUUGCUAGGCGACCAACUUUUGGCUGAUGUCACGCUGGUUGGUGGUAACGACAGUGGAAUCUUUGUGUCGUCUGUCCAAUCAGAGUCUGGCGCUGAGAAGGCGGGGCUACGGGAGGGCCACCACCUCCUUUUGCUGGAGGGCUGUAUCCGCGGGGAGAACCAGAGCAUCUCGUUGGACACCUGCACCCAGGAGGAAGCCCAUUGGACGAUGCAACGUUGCUCUGGACCAAUCCAACUGCACUACCGUGCCAACUAUGAUGGGUACCGGAGGCUGCAGAGGGAUCUAUCGGAGGGAACGGUGACGUCAGGAGACUCAUUCUACAUCAGAAUCAACCUCAACAUCUCUGGCCAAUCAGACACCUGCUCCCUGAGCGUGCUUUGUGAUGAGGUGGUCCAUGUCCUGGACACGAUGCACCAGGGGAAGUGGGAGUGGCUUUGCUCCCGGGUCGAGGCCUACUCUGGAACCGACCUAUCGGAAAAAGGCACCAUCCCCUCUUACUCACGGGCCCAGCAGCUUCUCCUGGUAAAGAUGCAGAAGCUGGUGUGUCGAGGAGGAAGAGAGGAGAAUGACAGCCUGCGCAACUUCAAGAACAGCUUACAGCCUGAAGAGUCCAGCCUGUCCUCAGACCCCAAAUCCAGUCCUCGCAUGUCCAGAGCUAGCGUCUUCAUCACACAGAUACUACAGUUUGUCAGCAGGGUGGAUAAUAAGUAUAAGCGUACGAACAGCAGUGAGCGUGUUCGCAUUGUGAGCUCAGGAAACCCAACGCUGCCCAGACCAGGCUUCGAAACCCUGAGACAGGAUGACUGUGCAGACCCAUACAGUGAUGUGAGUAGGAGUGUGAACCUGGUUCCGUACAGCCUGGUCUCCCCUCAGCGGGUCCAGAGGAAGAGGCCGGUUCUGAUCAGUCCAAACAGUCUGGCCCGGACCAUUAUACAGAAGAUACUCAACAUGGGUGGAGCCAUGGACUUCAACAUCUGCAAACCAGAUGUCCUAACUAAAGAAGAGUUCUUAAUGAGACAGAGGAUUGAACCCAUCAUCUCCUCCAGAGAGAAGAACACCAACACCUACGAGGUUGUCUCUCCUGAGAACAUAGAGGCUGUUGCUGCAAAGGGUAAACACUGUUUGAUGGAGGCUGACGUGAGCUGUGUUAAAGACCUUUUGAGGAGAGAGAUCUACCCAAUCAUCAUCCACAUCAAGAUCUGUGACAAGAACAUCAGGAAGCUAAGGAAGCUGCCCCUUCGUGUGGACAGUGAGGAGGAGUUUGUCAGAGUGUGUCGGAGCAGAGAGAAAGAGCUGGAGAGUGUUCCGUGUCUCUAUGCGUGUCUGGAGCCUGAGGAAUGGGCUGGGCCUGAUGACCUCAUCAGAGUGGUGAAAGACAGAAUCCAGGAGGAACAGAGGAAGACUGUCUGGGUGGAACAAGACCUGCUGUAACACCCACAGAUUAAUGCAUACACACACACACACACACACGGUGGGCAAGAUGGCAACGCUGGGUUAGAUGCCACAAAAUAGUUGGGAGUCCCCAGUAGGGGCUGCGCACAAUUGGCCCAGCGUCGUCCUGGUUUGGCUGGGGUACGCCGUCAUUGUAAAUAGCAAUUUGUUCUUAACUGACAUGCCCAGUUAAGUAAAGGUUAAAUAAAAUACACAAUUGUUGAGAGGUAAACCGGUAGUCAGCAUUUCAUUAUUAUGUCACAUUGGGUGAACCUGUAGUCAGCAUUUCAUUAUUAUGUCACAUUGGGUGAACCUGUAGUCAGCAUUCCAUUAUUAUGUCACAUUGGGUGAACCUGUAGUCAG